AUGAGAAUGAAAUUGCUGACUGCGUUAAUAUUUGGGGCAGUUUUGUUCCUGAGUGCUUCUGCUACACUGCACAGGAUUCAGCUCCAUAAAGUGAAGACAGCAAGGCGUACACUGCAGGAGCAUCAGAACAAUGUGCAGUACCUGCUGGAAAAGUACCAAGCCGAGAAUGCUGAUAAAAUCAAGGCCCAGAGGCCUGGAUACGAACCGCUGAAUAAUUACCUGGAUGCCCAGUACUAUGGUGUUAUAGGCCUGGGCACUCCUGCUCAGUCAUUUAAAGUUGUUUUUGACACUGGUUCAUCCAACUUGUGGGUUCCGUCCAAGAAAUGCAAGUGGACAGAUAUUGCUUGCCUGCUUCACAACAAAUACGACAGCACCAAGUCCAGUACCUACAAAGCAAAUGGGACAGAUUUCUCCAUUCAGUACGGUACAGGCAGCCUGACAGGAUUCCUCAGUACAGACGUUCUUACAAUUUCAGACAUCAAAAUCCAGAACCAGACAUUUGCUGAAGCUGUCACACAGCCGGGGAUCACCUUUGUUGCUGCCAAGUUUGACGGCAUUCUAGGGCUUGGCUACGACACAAUUUCUGUGGAUAGAGUGGUGCCCCCUUUCUACAAUAUGUUUGCACAGAAACAGGUCCAAGCACCAAUCUUCUCAUUCUAUCUGAACAGAGACGCCCAGGCAAAGGAGGGAGGAGAGAUUGUGUUUGGAGGCAGCGACCCACAAAUGUAUGAGGGCAACUUCACCUAUGUUCCUGUUACUCGUGAGGGCUAUUGGCAGUUUCACAUGGACAGUUUGGCAGUUGCCUCCACAACAUACUGUAAUGGUGGAUGUAAUGCCAUCGCUGACACCGGCACCUCCUUGUUAGCUGGACCAAGCAGUGAGAUUAAGAAGCUGAAUACUCAGAUUGGAGCCACCGGGAUCCCAGGAGGAGAGUACCUGGUUGCAUGCACCGACAUCCCUAAGAUGCCAAAUGUGACUAUCACUAUUGGAGGCAAGGACUUCCUGCUCACACCUCAGCAGUAUGUUCUUAAGGUCACAGUGAUGGGACAAUCCCAGUGCAUCAGUGGCUUUAUCGGCCUAGAUGUGCCUCCACCAAUGGGCCCCUUGUGGAUCCUGGGCGAUGUCUUCAUCGGACCUUACUACACAGAGUUUGACAUGGGCAACAACCGUGUGGGAUUUGCCCGCACCAAGGCUACCCCUAGUGUUGCCAGCAACGCCCUUCACAAGGUGCCAGUUUUCCGAGAUACUUCCGGCUUGCGCUUUCUGAAACCUGAGAGGAGUACUUUCAACAUGAAGAUUGAUAUCGAGGAAGAAGUGAAUGUUGUAAAUUAA